UUAAAGUCCAGGCCGGAGGGGCUUUUAAUAUUUAUCAAAAUAUUUUAUUUUAUUUUAUUUUGGUGUCUGGCAACUUCGAGAGCAUUUAAGUUAGGGGAGAUCGUUAGAAUAAAUAUUAGAAGUUGAAACCGAGAAAAUAGGAAGAGAAAGAGGGGUUUGGUCACUGAAAUCUGUUCAGUAGUAGAUAAUGGAAGAAAUCAGAUCGGCGAUGGAGCAGCAGAUGGAUCUGAUGGCGGAUCUGGUCCAGAAGCUCUCGGGUGAGCUCCGAACCGGAUUACAACCUGCCUACGAAAAUUUCAUUGGAUUUUUCCACGCCAUCGAUUGGAAGGAACCAUGGAUAAUAGGAUUAAUGGCGUUUCAUGCUCUAUUUCUAAUGGUUACUCUUCUUUCCAGAAGGCACCUCAACUUCCAUAUGUUCCUCUUCUUAUUCUCAUUGUGUGGAGUGUACUUUGCAGAGAGUCUCAACCGAGUCUUGAGGAAAAACUGGAAGAGCUUCUCUACUCAAAACUACUUUGACCCACACGGAGUCUUCCUCUCGGUUCUCUGGUCUGGACCACUUCUGGUCAUUGCAAUGAUAAUCCUGAUAAACACACUCUUUUCGCUUUGCUACCUGAUUGUAAAAUGGAAAAGAGCUGAGCUCAGGCAUCGUGCAAGGCUUGCUCGCUCCAAGCAAGAAUAGAUCCUAAAGCUCUCUCUUAUCAGCAUAUCCUCUUUUUAUACUCUCACCUUGCAACAAAUUGUUUUCUAUUUGACUAUUGUAUUUUCUUUGGAAUUGAACGAACCAAACUAGAGUAAACCAAGCCUGAUUACUUUUUUUGGUAAAGUUUGAAACACGGAAAUGAAACUAGAGAACUUGAAGAAUUCAAGUC